GGCUGCGGUCCUGGCCAGGCUGUCCCCUGCGCACCAUGAGCUCCGCACGACCUAGCUCCUCAGCGGUGCUGCACGUCCUCGGACGGCUGUCCCUGCUCCUGCCCCUGCUGUUGUGGCCUGUCCCGGCGGCCGUGCGGGGAGACUGUGGCCUCCCCCCGGAUUUACCUAAUGCCACGCCAGAUCUGAGAGGAGUCUCAACUUUUGCUCCCGGAGACACGGUAACAUACAAAUGUGACACCAACUUUGUGAAAAUCCCAGGCUUGUCUGACACGGCCACCUGUCAGGACACCUACCAAUGGUCGGAAAUGCAGCCAUUCUGUAAUCGCAGCUGUAACGAUCCACCCCAUCUGAUAUACGCAUCCCUGAAAAGGCCUUACCGCGAUCAGAACUACUUCCCUGUCGGCUCCACUGUGGAAUACGAGUGCCGCUUGGGCUACAAACGGGACCAGGGCAGACCAACAAUCACUUGCCUUGAGAGUUUAGAAUGGUCCCAACCUGAACAAUUCUGUACAAAAAAAAGAUGCCCUCAUCCUGGAGAGUUAACCAAUGGCGACAUCAAGAUAGAAACUGACAUACUGUUUGGUUCAACCAUAUACUUCUCCUGUGACCUGGGGUAUCAAUUAAUUGGUGAAAAGUCUUCCUUCUGUCUCGCUUCGGAGAAUGGUGUCAAUUGGAGUAACAAACUUCCGAUUUGCCGAGAAGUACAAUGUCCAGAUCCUCCACCAAUUGAAAAUGGGAGAAUCAGAGAAGAAUCUGCCACUUACUCUUAUAGACAGGUUGUCUCCUAUCAGUGCGACAAAGGCUUCGUCAUGGUGGGAAACGGCAAUACUUUUUGCAAUGAGGAAGGAGCCUGGAGUACCCCCCUCCCUGAGUGCAGAGGAAAAAAUGCACCUCCCAAAGCUACAGUGUCCACAACAGAAAAUGUUCCAUCAACUCCAAGGCCUACCCAAAGCAAUGGUCCAAGUAUUGAAGUCCCACCAACUACUCGGAAACCUUCCUCAACAAGUACUUCAGCAAUACAAGAUGUAUCUGUUACCAUGACAACCAAGCAUACAAAAAGCACACCUCCAAGUGAGCAAGACUCCUCCUCUUCAGGUGCAUCCAAGAUUAUACUUGGAAUUGUUCCUGUUAUUGUAAUAGUUGGUAUCCUAAUUCUAGUAAAAAUUGGCUGGGACUGUGGAAAAUCAGGAAACUUAAGGAGUAUAGUACAAUGCCAAGGCAACAGUGUCAGAAUUCCGUGUCCUGUAAACUCUUACAGUACGCAUGAGAGCAAAGCAUUCAAUGUUAAGUUUCAUAAUGUAAAUGAGACUGAUGAUGCCUCAGAAGUAAGACUUUCUGAUAAAGUAUAAAAGGACACACACGUGUAACAUUGGCAGUUGUACUUGUGCUUCUAAUAACUGGUGGCUAGCUGACUCCGCUGAAGAAGAGUUUUUAUUUUUGUAAUGCUUACUGCAGAAGUGACUAUAUUAAAUGUUAUAGUACACUUCGUUUUGCAUGUCAUCCUUUUCUUUAAGUAAGAUUAGGUAUGUCAACAGAACAAGGAGAAAGGAGUUGGUCCUGGAAUCACAUUCUUGUCUGCAAAGCACCCUCACGUCCCAGAUUCUGUUGAAAAGAGUCUGGGUGGAAAAGAUGGGAAAGCAAGUACGUGCUAGUGAACCACCA